AUGACCGCAGCGGGGCUCAGAGCACACAAGCCGCUCGAGCCGCAUUUCGCAGCUAUUCCCAACCUCCCCCGCCGCGCCUCGAGUGCUGUGAUCCGUUCUGGGGCUCUUAAACAAGAAGGACAGCGAGGCCCCGGAGCGACUCUAGAGAACGGCAACGGGAAAAGUGAAGGGUGUGGAGCAGAGGUGUUACGGGGAGCAGCCGAGGGAACUGGGACGGUUCAGUCAGGAGAAAAGGAGGCUCAGAGGGACCCCAUCGCUCUCUGCAACUCUCCAAAAGGUUGUGGUGAGGUGGGGGGCAGCCUGCUCUCCCAGAGAGAGGAGAAGCAGCUGGAGCUGACCCUGGAGGCGCUCAUCAGCCAGGUGGCUGACCUGAAGAACUCAUUGGUCAGUUUUAUCUACAAGCUGGAGAAUGAGUACGAUCGACUCACGUGGCCUUCAGUUCUGGACAGCUUUGCGUUGCUCUCAGGACAGCUGAACACUUUAAAUAAAGUGCUAAAGCAUGAAAAGACCCCACUAUUGCGAAACCAGGUUAUCAUCCCCUUAGUGCUGUCUCCAGACCGUGAUGAGGAGAUCAUGCGGCAGACAGAGGGGCGCGUACCAGUCUUCAGCCACGAGGUUGUGCCUGACCAUCUGCGAACUAAGCCUGACCCAGAGGUGGAGGAGCAGGAAAAGCAACUGAUCACAGAUGCAGCUCGAAUUAGCCCUGAUGGAGCCCAGAAACAGAUCCAAAGCCUAAAUAAAAUGUGCUCAAAUCUGCUGGAGAAAAUCAGUAAGGAGGAACGUGAAUCUGAAAGUGGAGGGUUACGACAGAACAAACAGACUUUCAAUCCUACAGAUACCAACGCACUGGUGGCAGCUGUGGCCUUUGGGAAAGGAUUGUCAAACCGGCGACCCCCGGGCUCUGGAGGAUCUGUCCAGUCAGGUCAACCAGGAGCUGCUGCCAUCAUUGCUGGGGCUUCAGGCAUGCAACAGGUGCCAAUGUCAAGUGCACCAGCUCAGCAGCAGCCAAUGCUGGCAGGAGUGCAGAUAGCACAAGCAGGGCAACCAGGAAAGAUGCCAAGCGGCAUAAAAACAAACAUCAAGUCUGCCUCAAUGCAUCCAUAUCAGAGAUGAGCCAACAUGAAGCAGACCCAGGGAACAGCAGUUACCCACAUUGUUCCUGCUGGACCCACCGCAUGUGGAUUUCUUAUAGAACUUCUCAGUCCCUUUACAUAUAUAUGCUAUAUCCACAGAGCUGGUAGUGAUGAGACCCUUCCCUGGGUUUCCUUUUAGUGCUGGGUGGCUUGUGUGGAGUUGCUAGUGGCCAUGUCUUCUGGAAACAGGUACUCUAUUCAGCCAGAGCAGAGGGCUUUACUUGUGAUAGCAAUCCCAUUUUCUCCAGGCCUAGGGGAGAGCAUCUACCCUUUUUUUGAUACCUGCCUGGAUGCCUGGAGAGCUUCAUGGACCACUCUGCUCCUUGUUUCUGUUGAUUCAAGAUGUUCCUAUGUUCCUACUCUACUCCCUGUUGUUGAAUAAAGACUUUGUUUUGCAUAUGGUGAGACGCUGGUGUCCA